UCGUCAAGUCUGAUCUGAAAAGCAAGGUUGAAGUAGCAGGUUAGCAGGCGGCACGCUUCGAACAUCCCCACAAAUAAUUUCCUAAUCAGAUCCCAAACAGCGGUUCGGUUCCUCCCUCAAAAUGGAAGUCUUCUAGUCCCAUCCGACCAAAUUAUGAAGAUGGCUACUUCUCUCGUGCUGAGUCGACUCUUCCUCUUUCUCUUCCUUACUACAUACUUUGCAGCCGCAACAACAACUCUGAGACGACACUCUGGGUUUCUCUACUCUAGAACCCGAGGAAGAUGCACUCCUGAGUUCUGGAGCAGCAGGAGAGAGGCUUGGCCAAGGAUGGUCCCACAUGGAUCGACGGUAUCGAAGGUGUUCGGGUCGAGGGCGAGUGAACGGUUCAGAUCCGAUAUGAGAUUGUUGGAAACGAGGGACGUGAACGAAGAAGGGGACGUGUUCCGUGAGCUGGUGAAGCAGGCGAGUGCUGCGUUGCUGAACUCGUACGCGAGGAAAGGGUUCCCUUACUCGGCGUGGGAAGUGAAGUCUCUGAUGAUUCAAGGGCUGGUCUCGGAAGGUGCCGCGGCUCGCCUAACCCAACGUUUUUCCGUUGCUAAUGAUGCUUGUAUUUAGUACUGCUUGGUUUACGAGGAAGAUUGUUUUGGUUAAUG